AUGGUUUUAUUUUCCGAUGGUCAGUCAGUUUCCACCAUCAACAGAAGCUCGAGACGGUUCGUGCACAGAGUCAUUAACAUCCAUCGUUUCCCUGAAAUUACAAGACGGGACAAAGGCCAAAACUCGCAGUACCACGAGGAGACUUGCUCGGUGUCUGGUAAGAUUGAAGUGAAUCCAAGAGAGAUACGAGAACAAUGGGUGAUCUUGAUCAAAGACAAGAUGGAGAAAGCACUUAAAGACGUCACCACAUCUAGUUGGGACAAGCUUUGUAUCUAUAGAGUCCCACAUUACUUGCAAGAAAACGACAAGAAGUCCUACUUCCCUCAAACCGUCUCGCUUGGUCCAUACCACCAUGGCAACAAACAUCUCCUUCCCAUGGAGUGUCACAAGUGGCGUGCGGUCAAUAUGGUCCUGAAACGUACGGAGCUAGGCAUCGAAAUAUAUAUGGACGCCAUGAAAGAGCUCGAGGAGAUGGCUCGUGCUUGCUACCAAGGUCCCAUUGAAAUGAGUAAUUAUGAGUUCACAGAAAUGCUUGUUCUGGAUGGUUGUUUUGUUCUUGAGCUCUUCAAAGGAACCAUUGAUGGAUUCCAGGAAAUCGGAUAUGCACCAAAUGACCCGGUCUUUGCAACGCGAGGAUUGAUGCAUUCGAUUCAGCGUGACAUGGUAAUGCUGGAAAAUCAACUUCCUUUGUUCGUUCUAGACCGAUUGUUAGAGCUACAGCUCGGUACACAGUACCAAAUUGGUUUAGUUGCACAACUAGCAGUUCAGUUCUUUGAUCCACUAAUGCCUACGGGGGAGGAGUUGACCAAAAAGAACAAGUUAAAAUCCAAGUUGAAAUCUGUUUGCUCACCAAGUGACAAUGGCGAGUCGCAUUGUUUGGAUGUUUUCCACCGAAGUCUCUUCUCGACACCGAAUCCGAAAAGUCCAACGUACAUAUCGUCUCGAAAACAACAACUGAUACAUUGCGUGACAGAACUAAGGGAAGCAGGUAUAAAGUUUAGGAGAAAGGAAACUGACCAGCUUUGGGAUAUUGAAUUCAAAAAGGGUUAUCUAAAGAUACCCAAACUACUAAUCCACGACGGAACCAAGUCUCUCUUCUCAAAUCUUAUAGCUUUUGAGCAAUGCCAUAUCCACUCGAGCAACAACAUAACAUCCUACAUACUCUUCAUGGACAAUCUAAUUAACUCUGCUGAAGAUGUGAGCUACUUGCACCAUUGUGGUAUCAUAGAGCAUUGGCUAGGAAGUGAUUCUGAAGUUGCGGAUCUGUUCAACCGGUUAUGUAAAGAAGUGAUUUUUGACCCAAAAGACAGUUAUUUAUCUCAGCUGUCCGGUGAAGUUAACCGCUACUAUAGUCGUAAGUGGAAUUCUUUAAAGGCUACCUUAAGACACAAGUACUUCAAUAACCCGUGGGCAUAUUUCUCUUUUUCUGCUGCAGUUAUUCUUCUAUUUCUCACAUUCUCUCAAAGUUUCUAUGCUGUUUAUGCUUAUUAUAGGCCAUCUUCUUAA